CCCGCCGGUGUCGGCUCCGGGAAAGUUGCGGCGAACCCCAACCGCUCCGAGAGCGGCACUGAGGCGGAGGCGGCGCCGGGGCAGCGGAGCGCGGCAGCACCGGAGCUUCGCGGCUGAGCAUCCCCGGGCCAUGGAGGCACCGCGGAGCCUCCCGGGGCUGCAGCCCGACCGCGACGCGCCGGACCCGGCCGGAGGAUGCCCGUCCCCCUUGGAGAUCAAAUCGGCCCCCAGCAAGAAGAUCUGGGUCAAACUGCGGGCGCUACUCCGCUACAUGGUGAAGCAGUUGGAGACGGGGGAGGUGAACGUGGAGGAGCUGAAGAGGAACCUGGAAUACACAGCAUCACUGCUGGAGGCCGUCUACAUCGAUGAGACGAGGCAGAUGCUGGACACGGAGGAUGAGCUGCGGGAGAUGCGUUCGGACGCGGUGCCGUCGGAGGUGCGGGAUUGGUUGGCUGCCACCUUCACCCAGCAGGCGCGCGCCAAAGGGCGGCGGGCGGAGGAGAAACCCAAAUUCCGCAGCAUUGUGCACGCGGUGCAGGCCGGCAUCUUCGUGGAGAGGAUGUUCCGCCGGACGUACACAGCUGUGGGGCCCAGCUACUCCACCUCCGUCCUCAACUGCCUGAAGAGCCUCGACCUGUGGUGCUUCGACGUCUUCGCUCUGAACCGGGUGACGGAGGAGCACUCCCUGCGCACCAUCGUCUACGAGCUGUUCACCCGACACAACCUCAACAGCCGCUUCAAGAUCCCCGCCGUGUUCCUCACCACGCUGCUGGACGCGCUGGAGGUCGGCUAUGGGAAGUACCGCAACCCCUACCACAACCAGGCGCACGCCGCCGAUGUCACCCAGACCGUCCACUGCUUCCUGCUCCGCACCGGCAUGCUGCACUAUCUGACGGAGAUUGAGGUCCUGGCCAUCAUCUUCGCUGCCGCCAUCCACGACUACGAGCACACGGGCACCACCAACAGCUUCCACAUCCAGACCAAGUCAGACUGUGCCAUCCUCUACAACGACCGCUCGGUGCUGGAGAACCACCACAUCAGCGCCGUCUUCCGCAUGAUGCAGGACGAUGAGAUGAACAUCUUCGUCAACCUCACCAAGGAUGAGUUUGUGGAGCUGCGGGCUCUGGUCAUCGAGAUGGUCCUGGCCACCGACAUGUCCUGCCACUUCCAGCAGGUGAAGUCCAUGAAGACGGCGCUGCAGCAGCUGGAGAGGAUUGACAAAUCCAAGGUGCUGUCACUGCUGCUGCACGCGGCCGACAUCAGCCACCCCACCAAGCAGUGGGCGGUGCACAGCCGCUGGACCAAAGCGCUGAUGGAGGAGUUCUUCAGGCAGGGUGACAAGGAGGCCGAGCUGGGGCUGCCCUUCUCGCCCCUCUGCGACCGCACCUCCACGCUGGUGGCCCAGUCCCAGAUCGGUUUCAUUGACUUCAUUGUGGAGCCCACCUUCUCCGUGCUGACUGAUGUGGCCGAGAAGAUGGUGCUGCCCCAAAACGAGGACGGCUCCAAAGCCAAGGGCAACGCGGCGGGCGGCCAGCAGGCCAGCUCACAGUGGCGACAGACGUCCCUGGAUGAGCACCUGGAGCUCGGGGACAUCAAGGCUGACCUGGCCAGCUUCCGCUCCACCUGGACCAAAUACAUCCAGGAGAACAAGCAGAAGUGGAAGGAGAGGGCGGCCAGCGGCAUCACCAACCAGGCAUCCAUUGAGGAGCUGUCACCCUACGAGGAGGAGCCCCCCGCGCCCCCCGCCCAGCACAAGCACAACGGCGAGGUGGAAUAGCACAUGGCGAGCCCUGACCGCCCCCUUUGGGGUGGCAGCUCCUCAUCCAACCCAGCGACGCCGUUCGGUCCAAAGUCUUUGAUGCCAUCGACUUCAGCACCAUCUGCAGGGAAGGAGCCGCCGGGGUCUGCGCCGAGAGCAUCCCCGAUGGCAGCACCGGGUCCUGGGGGGCCGGGACCCCCGGGACCCCCCCCCCCAUCCUGUGCCAAACCGUCCGCCGAGCCGCGUGGUGCUGAUCCGUGGGUGAUGGUGAUGCUGAGCCUCUCACUGCCGCGCCAGCAGGAUUCGUCCUUAUGGCUUUUAAGAUAUCUGCUUCUCGCCCCGCAGGGGAGUCAGGUGUUGGGGGAGGGGGUGGCACUGCUGGGGGGGGGGGGGGGGGCGCAGGGGACUGAAGGAUGGAGGGACUGUAAGGAGUUUGUUGGCACCCCAGGGGUCACUGUGGGCCCCCCGGGCUGAGGGCUGGGAGCUGGGGGCAGCUGAGGGGGGGCGAAGUUGGUACCCACAGUGGCCCUGAGGGUCUUCCAGCACCCCCAGUUCUGUGCCUGCAGCCCCUAUGGCUGCGGUUCUGCUCCUGGUGGACCUCCAGCCCCCCCCCCCCCCCCCCCCCCCGGCUCCAAAACACCCCCAGGAGACCCCACUCCCCCCGGCAUCCUGGCUCCAGCGUGCUUCAGCAUCCUCCGCCAUCCCAAGCUGUGGUGUGCUCGAGCAUCCUCUGCGUCCGGGCUCCAUCUGAACCGGGUCCGGUUCAGAACCCCAAACUGAGGUCCUCUGGAACCCCAAAUGAGUCCUCCAGAACCCCAAACUGGAGUCCUCCAGCACCCCCUGCAUCCUGGCUCUGGUGUGCUCAAGAGUCUCCAGCAUCCCGGCUCCAAUGUCCUCCGGCACCCCAACUUGGAGUCCUCCAGAACCAAACCGGACCCCUCCGGCACCCCAAAUCGGAGUCCUCCAGAACCAAACCGGACCCCUCCGGCACCCCAAAUCGGAGUCCUCCAGAACCAAACCGGACCCCUCCGGCACCCCCUGCACGGCGGUUCUGCUGAGCCCCAUUUCUCCCUGGCACCCCCCACCUCCAGCAGCCCGGGUUGUCCUCCAGCUCCGUUCUCCCCCCCCCCCCUAUGGUGCCCGGACCCCCCCCGGCUCCGGCCCAGCCCUGUACAUAGCCUGGCACACAGCUGUGUGCCUUUGUACUUUUCUACCAUGCCGUAACGUCGCGCCUCCAUCCCUGCUGGCACAGCUCCGCCUCGUGCCCACCUGCACACGCAUGUGAAACCAAGCGCAGCCGCUAACGAGCAAUUAAUAAACCGUACACCGCC